ACGGUGCCGGGCGGAGGCGGGCGGAGAGAGUUUGAAGCGCUGGGCGGCGGGAAGAUGGCGGAGCGGAGCUGAGAGCGGCGCCCGGCGAGCUCGGGCCGCCCCCGCCUUCCUCCGCAGCCCCCCGGAGCCCCCCCGCCGGACACAUGCAGGCCAAAAAGCGCUACCUGAUGCUGCUGUCGGCCGGCACCUGUCUCGCCCUGCUGCUCUACGUGGGGGGCGCGCGGCUGCGGGCGGCCCGGCACCCGCCGCCCGGCGCCCGGCAUGGCCCGCGCCCCGGCGCCGAGCGGCCCUGGCCGCGCUUCCGCGACGCGCUGCGCCCCUUCGCCCCAGCCGAGCGCUCCGGCCCCGAGGGUGGCCGCGUGUCGCCCCGGCAGCGGCAGGACGCGAGCGCCGGGCUGUACCGCGGGCGCCGCUGCCGCAUGGAGUCCUGCUUCGACUUCGCGCAGUGCCGGAGGAACGGCUUCAAGGUGUACGUGUACCCGCAGCAGAAAGGCGAGAAGAUCGCCGAGAGCUACCAGAACGUCCUGGCCGCCAUCGAGGGGUCCCGCUUCUACACCUCCGACCCCGGGCAGGCGUGCCUCUUCGUGCUCAGCCUGGACACGCUGGACCGGGACCAGCUCUCCCCCCAGUACGUGCACAACCUCCGCUCCAAGGUGCAGAGCCUCCACCUGUGGAACAACGGCAGAAACCACCUGAUUUUUAAUUUAUACUCCGGCACCUGGCCCGAUUACACCGAGGAUGUGGGGUUCGAUAUCGGCCAGGCCAUGCUGGCUAAAGCCAGCAUCAGUACUGAAAACUUCAGACCCAACUUUGACGUUUCUAUCCCGCUCUUUUCUAAGGAUCAUCCUAGGACAGGAGGGGAGAAGGGAUUUUUGAGGUUUAACACCAUCCCUCCUCUCAGGAAGUACAUGUUGGUAUUCAAGGGGAAAAGGUACCUGACGGGGAUAGGGUCAGACACCAGGAAUGCCUUAUAUCACGUCCAUAACGGAGAGGAUGUUGUCCUCCUGACCACCUGCAAGCAUGGCAAAGACUGGCAAAAGCACAAGGAUUCGCGCUGCGAUCGAGACAACGCCGAAUACGAAAAGUAUGAUUACCGUGAAAUGCUGCACAAUGCCACUUUCUGUCUGGUUCCCCGUGGCCGCAGGCUUGGCUCUUUCAGGUUUCUGGAAGCCCUGCAGGCUGCCUGUGUCCCAGUUAUGCUUAGCAACGGAUGGGAGCUGCCAUUCUCGGAAGUGAUUGAUUGGAACCAAGCUGCCGUCAUAGGCGAUGAGAGAUUGUUAUUACAGAUUCCUUCUACAAUCAGGUCUAUCCAUCAGGAUAAAAUCCUAGCACUUAGACAGCAGACACAGUUCUUGUGGGAGGCUUAUUUUUCUUCAGUUGAGAAGAUUGUAUUGACUACACUAGAGAUUAUUCAGGACAGAAUAUUUAAGCACAUAUCACGUAACAGCUUAAUAUGGAACAAACAUCCUGGAGGGUUAUUUGUACUGCCACAGUAUUCCUCAUAUCUGGGAGAUUUUCCUUACUACUACGCUAAUCUUGGUCUGAAGCCUCUUCCCACAUUCACUGCCGUUAUCCACGCAGUAACUCCUCUGGUUUCCCAAUCUCAGCCUGUGCUGAAACUCCUGGUUGCUGUAGCCAAGUCCCAGUACUGUGCACAGAUUAUUGUGUUAUGGAAUUGUGAUAAACCCCUCCCAGCCAAACACCGCUGGCCUGCCACUUCUGUGCCUGUCAUAGUCAUUGAAGGAGAGAGCAAGGUUAUGAGCAGUCGCUUCCUACCCUACGACAACAUAGUGACAGAUGCAGUGCUAAGCCUGGAUGAGGACACUGUGCUUUCAACCACUGAGGUGGAUUUUGCCUUUACAGUUUGGCAGAGUUUUCCAGACAGGAUUGUAGGGUACCCUGCUCGCAGUCACUUCUGGGACAACACUAAGGAGAGGUGGGGGUAUACCUCCAAGUGGACUAACGACUAUUCCAUGGUAUUGACAGGAGCUGCUAUUUACCACAAAUAUUAUCACUACCUGUACACUCAUUACCUGCCUGCCAGCCUAAAGAAUAUGGUGGACCAACUGGCCAAUUGUGAGGACAUUCUAAUGAAUUUUUUGGUGUCAGCUGUGACAAAAUUGCCUCCAAUCAAAGUAACACAAAAAAAACAAUAUAAGGAGACCAUGAUGGGACAGACGUCCCGGGCCUCACGCUGGGCCGACCCUGACCACUUCGCCCAACGACAGAGCUGCAUGAACACUUUUGCCAGCUGGUUUGGCUAUAUGCCGCUAAUCCACUCUCAGAUGAGGCUUGACCCUGUCCUCUUUAAAGACCAGGUUUCCAUCCUGAGAAAGAAGUACCGGGACAUUGAACGACUCUGAGGAGCGCUGCUGAGGGGGCUGAGCUGCCCCCAGCUCCACACGGCCAUCGGUACGUGGAGCCAGACUGUGCCGCCAACAGCAAGCGCCCGGCCAUGGCAAUGAGCAUCCCGGUGCCCGGGUGCACCGCUCCAGACUGUGUCAAACCGCCCGGCAGGCUUCUGUCGCUCAAGACUAGGUUGUGUACAGUUUCAUUAUGGAACAUUAAAUAAUUAUUUUUGAAAUGAUUGCUAUGCAGGUUUAAACUUUUUUAAUGAUCAAAAAAAAAAACCCUAUUAAAAACA